AUGCCAACGCUCCUUGAGUCUCCAAGCCAGCCUUGGGGGUCUCGUUGCGAGAUGCCGCUGGCACAGGCGCUGCAGGAUCACACGUCAAUCCUGGUAGAGUACUAUUUCAAAGAGGUGUGCGGAAUGAUGUCUUGCUACGACAGUCAAAUGAACCCAUACCGAACAACCAUUUCCAACAUUUGGUCCGGCUCCCAAUCGCUCUACUACGUCACUCAGAGCAUGGCUGCUGCAUGUCUUUCCGAUGUCAUGCCCGGCCUUUCUUCUCUCGGUAGGCAACUCCGAGACCAGGCAGCGCUGUGCCUGUCGAUGGAAGCUCGAGAGUCUCAAAUGGAAACCUCAUCCCUGCUGGCAUUAGUCAUGCUCGGAAUGAGCCUCAGCUGGCACGACCCUGAUAGCGUAGGCCAGCUGGAGUUUGAGAUACUCGCCAAGACGGUCUCGUCUUCUGCCAACUGUCAGAUCAACUCUCCUCUGGCCCAUAAACAUAAACGCGUCUUUUUCUACAACUCUCUUGUCUACUGGCAGAUGCUCCUAGCAUUCGUUACCGACCAGGAACCCAAUCUCCAGGGCAUCACCCAAAACCAACCACAGCCAGCCCAAUUCGAAGGGCCAGAAACAUCGGAAUCCUACAUACCACAUCCCCAAACGGGCAUCGGCAUCGAGGCUCAGAGGCUCGUGGCAAGAGUGGCAAGCCUUGUUCGAAAAGAAAGAAGACGUAUUCGCAAUCGCCAGUUUGCAUCUAGAAAUGAUAUCGAUCAAGCCAAAACAGCCAUUCUUGACGCGGAGCGCUUGCACUCCGAGCUGUGCGCAAUUCAGCUGCCGCGCGAGGAUGAGAUUGUCGACUCGGGUGACGAGAUGACUCCGGCCGAUCAUCUGCUCAAGGUUGCCGAGGCAUACAGGUGUACUGGCUUACUACAACUCUACCGCAACUUUCCAGAUCUGUUGUCGUCCUAUGCGUCAUCAUGUAAACAAAAAACCCAGUCCGUCAGCUCAAGCACCCGUGAGGACUCUCGCCCCAGCUCAGAUGCAGCAUUUUCACAAGAUGUGUGGCUGACUGGUUUGGCCCUGCACAUUCUCGAUUUAAUACAGGAUAUUCCUACAUCAUCGAGGAGCCGGUCCAUCCAGCCAUUGCUGUUUGUGAGCAUCUGCAGUGAGUUGGCUCUGGGUCGUGGGGCUCUCUCGCUUCCCGAUGUGUUGAUACCGCCCGUGGCAAGCAUUGCCACCAGCCCACGGUUUAAAGCACCAGCGACUGACCUCGAAGUCUUGCGUGCAAGGAAGUUUGUCAUCUCGCGCCUCUCGUCCUUUGAAAACAUGCUAGCCGCGAAGCCCAUACGUCGAAUGCUGCUACUGGUUAAAGAGACUUGGAAGUGCAUGGAAGAGAAACAGCAGAAUGUAUACUGGAUGGACGUCAUGAUGGAAAAGGGCUACGAGACCCUUAUGGGCUAA